AUGAUGAAUCGCUUGAACGUGUCAAUAUUUACUCGUUUGGAAGAACGAUGGAAUGGCAUCCAAGUAGGUCGUCAAGGUUCAUAUUCUGUUGAACGUCUUGAAAGCUUUGAUUACUACUGCAAGACUACUUCUUUCACCCGCGUACUUAUUGUUUGCGUGUUGACACCGGUGCCUGCUGUUCUCGUGACGAUUCUUUUGGAUUGCCUUCCACUUCGCCCUGUAUCAGAAGGGUGGAGCGCGAAUUGGGUAUUCUGGGUUCGUAUGACCAUUAAUAUGCUUUUAUCGUGUACUUUUGGCGUUUUGGAGUUCGAAAAAUUUGUUCCGGUCUUGCAUGUGUCAUUCUUACAAGGAUUGGCCUUGGUUGUCUUACCUACUAUCAUGUUAAUGCCCACUUUGAUAUCACUAUCCAGCGUGAUUGGUUUUCCUAUUCCUUUUAUUGUAAUGCUUGCAGGUUUGGUGUCCGGAGUCUUUAAUUCGAUAGUGGUCUUGCUCGUGCUGGGCAAGGCACCAUUUUCAAAGGACUCUCCGUGUUGGCCAUAUCUUCAGCGGUAUCAACGAUAUUCUUCUGGUUGUGUGACCGUUGCUGGUCUCUACCCAUUAUUUAAAGCGAUUUAUGAUUUGGUGCCGUCAUCAUACCAAGCUUUUACAGUAGUUAUGCUGUCAAUAUGGAAAUUUUGUGCAAGAUAUUACGUUGUGAAUGCAACGCGCGAUCUGGAGGAUGUGAUAUCACAAACCGUGAGCUUUAUGGCUGAUCUGUUUGGCUCUCUCUUUAUUUCUGUUUGCAUGUCAAGCGCUUCUUCUUUUUAUAUAUCUGCACUUUUCAUAGCUGCAGAUAUUGGACAAACGCUACUGGAGUUUCACGAGCUUCAAACUAACGCAAAUAUUCUGGUGGCAUUGCUGGAUCGUCGAUUUUCGACAGCGAGCAUUCGUCAAUUAAAAAUAUCAUUAAAGAGACCAAACUUAACAGCAGUGAUCCUUGCGGUAACGCGAAAUCCAGGUGCUAACAACAUUACCAGAUUGCAUGGAGUGCGAUUACAGGCAUGUAUUCCGCAUCCUCUUCCAGACGAUCGAUUUCAGCAGCUUCAGACCCUUGCAGCAUCGGGCUCGUAUUAUCAUAAAACUGACUCAAAUAGAGCAAUCAUUCGUCACCAAAGCACAAUUGUGCUGCGUUUUCUUCAACAAUCUGCAGUGCUACCGGCAGGACCAAGUGUUAUAAAUGUCACAUCAAUGUUGACGCCUGACACCGUUAAUCAGACUACAUCAGAAUGUGAUGACGUCGAUGCAAAAAGGGGUGAACAAUCGGAAAAAAUCGUCUCACAAGGACUACAACUUUUAUUUCAUUGCGAGUAUGUGGCGUUAGUGGAGUACAUUGAAUGCUUUGUUCCGGUGAUCUAUGUCUUAUACAAGUCUGUGCUUGAGCUGCUUCCAAAUGUUGUUUACUAUCCUGGAGUUGCUGGUAAAUGGAACCAGCAUAUUGCCAUAAACAUCUUGCUGUUUGCUUUACUGGAAAUAGGAUCAUUUUUCGUAAUGAGUCAUAUGUUCAAGCGCAAGUUUGAGCUUAAUCCAUUGUAUCAGGUUGCUUUUGUGCUCGAGACCCAAAUGGUCUGUAUCCAACAAAAACUAUUCACUCUGAUGUUAUUUGUACUAACAUAUGAGCUUGCUCAUUCUGGCGUCGACUUUAGCUUUCACUUUGCAUGGUUGAGAUCAAAGGAGGGGUGA